AUGGCCCAUCAUCGGUAUGAAGAACUUCCGACUUGUGAACUAUGUCCUGGUUUCGAGAGCGAAUCCAGCGAGGGGACCUGCAGUGAUGAAGAAUUCGCAAAUUUGAAGCCAGAGUGGCUUCCGAGAUGGCUCUACACUUCGACUUGGGGCGUUCCUUGCGAGGUGAAGCAGAUGAUGAAACAGAAAAUCGAAAGACCAAACAAGAGUUUGGGCGACUAUGGAAGCCAUCUGACCAUGUUCGAUGUUUCUGGUCCAGCUGUGAGGUUGUUGUGGAUAGCAACGGUGAUACAAUGGCCUUUUAUGAUCAUGUUUCCCUUCAUUGCAUUUCAAUUCACAGACUGCAAUGGACUUGGAUUGCCUGCUUAUCACAUGUGGUUGUGGAGUCUGGUUUUUCCUAUCUUUGCCGCCAUGAUGAUCAUUGAGUGGAGAUGCUUCACAUAUACAAUAACACCGGUAGUACAGUGGCUGGGGAGGAUGGAGACUCCCCCCUGUUGCUCGGGCUUUUGUUGGUGGAUGGCAUCGCAAAUCUGCCUGAGUGCUAUUUCCACUGGUGACGUGGUCACCCAGGCUCUGUUGCUUUCAUCUACCUGUCGUUGGUUCACUUGUCCAGGAUGGAGCAAUGUUGCAACAGCCUGGGUGGACAUUUGGAAUAAUUCGUUGUUCUCAUGGGUGACAGCUGGGAAGAACCUGCAGACGAUUCUGAUCGUGACCUGGGGUCUUGCCAUCAUGCAGCUCCCUCUAUUCGUUUUAGCUGCUUUGCCAGUUCGAUGGUUUGUGGGGCAAAACCUCGACUUCGGUCUUUGUAGUGAGAAAGAUGGCUACCAUGUCUCCUCCUGCUGGCCAUCCUUGGACACUGCUACUGACUCCGAGGCUGAAUGCUGCGGCCGAGCUCACUGCAAAUGCUCGAAGAUUUGGCACGCUGAUGCUUUGAAGACUUUAGCCACAUUGAAUCGCAUGAGCUAUGUGAAUGCAGGGUUAUUUCUGCUGCAGCUUCAGCGCGCUCGGAUUGCUUUCAAUUCCGGUGACAGAGAUCGAUGCUGCCAGAUAUUGACAAUGGAGGUUCGCCAAAUGAUUCCACGAAUCUUCCUGAUUAACUUUUGCCAGAACUGCAUCAAGUUGGAAGUGCAAACCACAAUUUUCUCCUUGGGACGCAUGGUUCACAAAGUUCAGAAUGCUCAUGUGACAACAUGUGAAGGGAAUGGCGAAAGCAGUACCAGAGUGGCUGUGGGUGAGCCAUCUCAAGUGCUCGAAACUGCUGUGCGUGAGAUUCGCUGGCUCACUUGGUUUGUUUGGUUCGCCGGAGCGCUCUGUGCUACUGUUCAGCUCCACUCUAUGGCGAAGCUGAUCGGAUACAACGACAGUUACCGCUCAGUUGCACAAGCCAUGUCUUUCCAAUGCCCAGCUGUAGACU